GCUCCAAGUCUGGCGUCGCACGGCAGCACGCACGAGGCGCCACGCUGGUGUCCUGCAAGGAGGAGCUUUGACCACUGGUGGCGGUGUCCUCAGCCUUGCCCUCGCCGCGACGUCCUCAGCCUCACUGGUGUCCUGGCUGUGCUCGGCGAGGACUUGCGGCGCACAAGGGGGCGGGGAUUCAAGGUGGGGUGUUUUCGUCCAGUCUCGUCUUCAGAGAUUCUCGUUGCCACGCCCUGACACGCCAGGCACGCCUCUGGUUAGCACACGCCCUUGUGUCACGGAGGGGAUGCAGCUGCAGCGGCUGCCCUGCACGGCUGGUCUCGGCGGGAGAAGUGUGAGGCGACGAGCAGCGCGAGGGAGAUGUGCGCGGUCGUCAUGGCUACGGGCCUGCGCGUGCACUCUGCCCCCCCAUUGAUUCACAUGCCUUCACUAGUUGCAUGUUGUGUUUUUAUUCUUCCCUACGUAUGUUUCAUGUUAAUGACUAAAUGUCUUUGAAUACAGUGGUAAGGGCGCUGAUAAAGGCCACGGUGAGGCUCCCAGGGAAGGGAGAAGCCUGGUGCGUACCGCCUGGCGCCGCGUGAGUGGCCGUGUGUGGCUGGCAGUGCUGGCGAGCCAGUGUGGGUCUCAGGGCGCUCCCUUGCUCCCAGCUGAGCCUGGCUUUCAGAUGUGGGUGUCGUGAUCCCAUCGUAUCUUUGGCUCUUCCGGAACACACCACGUCCUUCCGGGCGGCUGCUUCACCCCAUCAGCCCUUCCCGCUCGCCGCCUGGCCACAGGGCACCGCAGUAUACUUGUAUUGGCCGCGGAGAGUGUCCCUCACCACAAGGCCAGCACGGCCUGGCGCGGCAGGUACUGAGUGGCGCCGGAGCAGGGGCGCGGUGGUCCUUCAGCGUGUUGCCUUCUGUGGGAGGAAAUGUUGCGAAGAAAAGGAAGGUCUGGGAGAGAGGCGCGACUCCCAGCGGAAGAUGAAGCCUGAGUGAGCACGAGGCGCCCUGUUGUCCCACGCUGGACUCAAACACACAGUUACUUGAGCUAUUGAUCUAAAGUAAGGGAGGCGGACUGUACUGGAGGUGCCCUCCGCUCCACAGCCGCCACCGCCGCCGCCACUGCCCGUGGCACAAGCAUCGGCGUCAGCAGCAGGAAGCAGAGUGCGUGUGCGUGUGGUGUGCGUCUGGAGGAAGCAACCCUUGCUCCCCCCAGUGAAUCCCUCCCCCCUCCCCUUCCCCCGCCGCCCACUGAGCUGUUGCACCACUCGCCACGCAGAUGAGUGGGCUGGCGUGGUAGUGGCGGUGGGCGUGCGGGGACUUAGUGUAGUGAUGGCAGCCCGCAGUGACGGACCACCCAUCGCCCCACGCCCACACUGACGCCAGGCAUGCAGAGUGCCAGCCCCUCGCCGCCCGCACACGUCCGUCCGGCCGCCCACUCCACUUUACAACACACGGCCAUCGAGGAGGAGGGCGAUGAGGCGGAGCGCGGCGGCCUGGGCGGGGCGGGAGGCAAGCGGCACCACCAGCACCCUGCCGCCUCCUUCCGCGACGAGCUGGCCAGCCAUGACCCUGGCUACUUCAGGAAGGACUCGCGGCCCCCCGAGGAGCGCCCCAGUGGUGACCCGGCGACCCUCGGAGUCCGGCCCGUGGUCACGCCUACGUCCAACACCCCUGGCAGCCCCAACACCAGCGGCAGCCUAGACACGGCCAGCACCGCCAGCACCGCUAGGACGCCAGACACGCCCAGCCCUGGUGGCUCCAGGCCCUCCGUCAACGGCCACUCCGGCAGCAGCGAUAAGAGCUGGAGCGACGCGGACGCCAAGACGACGGACAAAAGCCGAGAUGAUAACUUGGCAGACUCAGUUGCGCGCCUCGCCAUUUCCCCCGCCAGUCAGGGAGGCUCAGGCGCGUCGGUUGGCGGCGAGACGACGCCUGCCACGGAGCCCAAGACUGUGGCAAGCAGCGGCGAGGCGCAGAAAGGGGUAGCUGUAAAUCCUGUGCCGCAGCCUGCCGCGGAAGUGUCUGUCAAUGAUUCCUUAGACGAGUUCCCCACCACCAUCGCUAUCUCGACGCCCACUAGCAGCGGCUGGAGCAUUACAGAACACAAGCCGAGCCGCAGUGUGUGCGAGGAGCUGCGUAUGUUGUCGCGUGUUAACUCCAUGGUGGAGCGAGGCUCGCUGGCCACCAUUCGUGCCAACUCGGUGGAUGAAAACGGCCCCUGUGCGCCCCCAAAGGGGACCGCCGCCCCCGGCCAGGGAGUGGGCACGCGGCGCGGUACGCACAUAGCGCGCCUCAUCCAGUCCAAGAGUGUAAACAUGGGCGAGCGUCCGAUCUACCCCAACGUGCCCUUCUCGCCCUACGGCUCGCCUUGCUCGUCCCCGCGGCUGAGGCGGCGGCCCCUCAAGGAGUCCCGCUGCGUCAGCAUUGAGAAGAACGGCGAGUACGAACAGCUCAACCAGUACAAGCUGAAGGAGGCCAUUGGACAGGGUUCUUACGGCAUUGUCAAGCUGGCUUACAACACGGAGGAGGAUGCUCACUAUGCGAUGAAGAUCUUGUCCAAGAAGAAGCUGAUGAAGAAACAUGGUUGCUUUGGCCGCUCCUGGACCAUCGGAGCAGAGACAGAGGCCUCUCAGCACGUCCGCUCCCUCAGCCCCCAACACCGCAUGGACAGUUAUUCUCCUCCCACUCACCGAGUGAAGGGACGCCUGCCUCCUCCCAGGGCGUCAGGUGGCCGCCCCAUAGAGAACCCCCUGGACAGAGUGCAUCGAGAGAUAGCCAUCCUGAAGAAGCUGAACCACCCCAAUGUUGUCAAGCUGGUGGAGGUCCUCAAUGACCCAGCCGAGGACAACUUUUAUAUGGUCUUUGAGCUUCUGGAGAGAGGCGAGGUGAUGGAGAUCCCAACAGACAGGCCCCUGAGUGAGGACCAGGCAUGGGCAUACUUCAGGGAUGUCGUCCUUGGUAUAGAGUAUUUGCACUACCAGAAAAUCAUUCACAGAGACAUAAAACCAUCAAAUCUUCUCUUGGGAGACAAUGGCCACAUCAAGAUUGCAGACUUUGGUGUGUGCAAUGAGUUUGAUGGGAAGGAUGCUUUCCUCACCAAUACUGCCGGCACCCCGGCCUUCAUGGCACCCGAGGCUCUCUCCACCUCACGGCACAAGUACUCCGGAAAAGCAGCAGACAUUUGGGCAAUGGGCAUUACCCUGUAUGCCUUUGUGUACGGCAAGCUUCCUUUCCACGACGAUAACAUUGUUGUUCUCUACGACAAGAUCCGAAACUCACCACUCUCAUUCCCUCCCAUUCCCUUUGUCUCGGAUGACCUAAAGGACUUGAUCUCUUUGAUGCUGGAGAAGAACCCUGCUCAUAGGAUAACUUUGCCAGAUAUUAAGGAACACCCCUGGGUCACCGCGGGCAAUCAAUAUCUACUGCCAACCGAAGAGGAAAACUGCAUAUUAAUUGAAGUUACGGAUGAGGAAGUGCAGAGUUGUGUACGUUCAAUCCCCAAGCUGGAGACCCUCAUCCUCAUCAAGUGUAUGCUCAAGAAACACAGCUUCCAGAACCCUUUCAGGAUGAACAUAUUGUACAAAGAACAGUUUGCACGCACAGGACGAUCCCACUCGGCGCCGGGUUCGUAUGAGUUCUACUUGGAAAGGAAGAGGUCGCUCGAUACCUCCCUCCCAGCAGUAGAUGAGAUAGAAGUGAGUGAAGACAGAUGAUAAGGGUAAGGAGGCAGCAGGUAGGAUCCUGGCUAACCAUGCAAUAAGGACAAGUAGGUGCACAAAGAAGAGGAAGAUGUGACUGGUGACUGUGGAAGGUUACAGCCUUAGUAAGUCAAUGGCUGCUUUCUUCAGAGGGUAUGCAGAUUUUCUCAAAAAAGAAUUGUUUUCAUAAAAGGAAAAUUCAUAUAAAAGAGUACAAAAGAAAAAGGCAGUUUUAUUUAGUAUAUUUUGAAAAUAGUUCAUCUUACUGAAUCAGUGAAAGUGGUGUCAUAUUUAGAGUGCAUUGCAAAAGGGAAAUUAUUUAUUUGUUCAGUACUAAGGGAUCGAUGUCUCAUAAGCACAUUAAUUCAAUUCUGAAGACACAGACACUAUAGCACUUUAAUAAAAUACUUUCAUUAACAGAGCUAUAUUUAACCUCUAUGUAUGUGGAAAAUUUACUACAUUAUUAACUUAAUAGGUAACUAUUUAUUAUUUUUCACUUUUUUUUCUUGUUUUUUAUCAGUAUUCUUUCUGGAGUAAAAUACAGUAUAUCAUUUCUAAAUCUCAAGUUAAAUAUAAAAGACCAUUAACAAUGAUAAUGAUAUACAUCCAAUAAGCAAAUGACACUCAGUAAAUAUUUGAGUUGUUGAUGUGAUAUACAAAUAAAGUUCCCUAUUCCUGCAAGCACUAACAGUUUUACAAGAACAGCUGUCAUGACAGUGGUGGUGCUACUGAACAAGAAAGAUCUUGGUGCCUUUGAUAUUUUCAUCCUAGCUCAUAACUACCAUAACAUGAGGUGUGCUGUACUCAGUCAGGGCUGGUAGUUCCAACUCCAGCACCUUCCCGGUCCUGGUCACAUGGAGUGAGGUGUAGUCAGGCACACUACUUUCAUAACUACCUUCAACAUUUUAGUUCUUGAGGACAAUCAGAUAUUUUAACACAAAAAUUUCAAUAUAAGUUUUAACAUAAUCAUCCUUAAAGUUAUGUUCAAUUCUAAGACCAGACAGUGGUUUCCAUAUUACAUCAUAUUUGCAUUCAGAUUAACAUCAAAUACUACCGUAUAAUUGUAAUUUAUUUCUUGUUUUAUACAUCAAUGAAAAGACAUUCCAAAUAUGAACACAUGGCCAGAGUAGCAAGAAGAUAAGCUAGGGUGGAUGUAUCAAAGAUGCCUUAGUUUGUUAUAUCAAGGUUGUAAAGCAUAUAUUGUAGAUACAAGUCAUCAUAGCAAAGAUGUUUCCACAAAGUAGUGCAGGCAUUGUCCUAUUAGUCCAUGGUAGUGGUGUUGGCUCAUGAUGCUUGUGCCAUGUGAGGUGGCUGUGAGCUGAGACUUGUUGAGACAUAAGUACUGAUGCUCAUGUGAUGGUUUAUUUUCCUUAGGAUGUUCAUCAUGCAUAAUUGAAGAUUGCAUUUAUAAUUCACAUAUUAGCUUUUUCAUCCAUCAGUACUUCAGUGAUAUGUAGCUGUAUAUUCAUCAACUCAUUGUAUGUAAUACACUGUGAGGUUUGAGACAGUCAUUACAGUCUCAUAAUUAUUCUGUGAUUUUCUAAUAAGCCAAUAAAAGUGAGUGGUGCACUAGAGGCAGACAUUACCCAGUCCAGGGAGCAGGCUCUUAACAGCUGAUGUCGGACAACAAACAGAGAUACACAAUACUAGAAUUUCCCUUAGAAAUGUUUGUACUUUCAGAUUAUCUUGAUCCAGACAUAAAAGAGCAGGUCUUUUUAUCGUUCUCCGUAUCAGUGGCAGGUCAGCAGGUCAGCGGGUCUGGUGUUCACCUCUGGGGAGUGUCCAGUGCUAGAGUGCGUCAAGCUCUUUCUUACCUAUGAACUAAGUUAAUUUUCUAUGCAAUGUAAGUCCUUCAAAGAUAUCCUGCAUCACCUCCCUCUAGGACAUGUAUUAACCAUUGCUCCUGUACAUUUUGUUUUAUUCAUGUCUGUAUGUAAAUCAGUAGGAUAUAUUUAGCUGAUUUAUCAUCUAGAAAUUUACUCUGUUAAAGUCAUUAUGGAUGAAGCCACAGCAUAAUUUCUUUUUUCAUACUUGUGCAAAAUUUUUGACUGUGCUGAAUUUUAUACCUGAUAAGAUUAUAAUUAUGCAAUCAUAACUGCAAGUUUUAGCAACAAAGUAAGCUUUAAAGUAAACUAGAUAUUGUUAGAAUAGAAUAAACAGACAUUAAAUAAAACAAAUUAUUUGCUUUUUAUUGAUUUAUGUAAAUACAUAUAUCUAUAAUUCAUUAUAUAGAUUACUUAUGUUACAUAACAUAUAAGUUUUGAAUAUGCUUGUUGCAUUUCCUCAUUAUGUGUUCAAAGACUUUAAUACAUUGUAUAUUAUGAAAUCUUUAGAAAAAAUAUUGUCCAAAAAACUUUACCUUAUAUUAAACUGUUAAUAAUUAUAAUAAGCAAUGAGUUCUGUAUAUUAUGAUACAUGCUCAGAUGUAUGGCACCUCCACUUGACACAUUUCUAGUUCUAGCUCAGUUAUGGAAGCCUGAAUAUAGUUAUUGGUGGGUCAAGAUGGAGUGACGUGGUCUUGCUGUGGGUCAUCAAGGCUGAGUGAUGGCAGAUUGGACUGUCAUAAAUCUGAGAAAUGUUA